AUGUCGACGACGACAUCCUCUUCCUCCUCCUUGUCUUUUUGUUUGGAUUCGCUACCAGCGACCUUGUCGCAACGAAUCUUUCGUCGCAAUGAGUUGCCACCCAAUGACAAUGCCUCCUUUGUCCUCUACGUACCCACUGUAGUCCUUCGUAAACGACACAAUCCAGCAUUUGCACUGGCCUGUCAUUUGGCAAAUCACUAUCAAGUUCCAGUACUAGUAUUGGCCGUUGUCUUGGACGAUGCUCAUUUGCCAAACAAUCACCAUUCCAAACCAAUUGUCUUGACGGCACGGCGCAUGGCAUUUUGCUUGGAGGCACUCCAAUCCGCGUGUCCACAAUGGCAAGCGCAUGGAGCGGGUGUGGCCAUUCGGCUUCAUGGACCACAGUGUCGAACGCCCCAUCAUUUGACACUGGCACGGAACGCUGUGGCGGUCGUCACGGAUGAACCCUUUGUUCAUCCCUAUCGCACCCUUGUUUCUUCCUUGGAAAAGGCCGUGACAUCGGCAUUGUUUUCCGUCGAUGGCAGUACCACCGUGCCACCCGUGCAAGUACUGAAACGACAGCAACGAGAUGAACAGGGAAACCUCAUCUACACCAAUGUCCCUCAAAAGGCAUGGAAAUGGCUCGAACUGAGCAAGGCGUAUCGCAAAGAACACGUCGUGGGUGUGGUCCAAAAAGGACAUUUGGAGGCUCCUCCGCUUGACAAGACACUACCUCCUGACUUUUUCCUCUCGACAGAUGAUACAUCUUUAUCAUCACUUCGAGACAUUUUGCCGUCGGAUUGGAAAUCCCUAGAUACACCCGCUCCGGGCAAACGACCAUGGACGGUAGCAGAUCUUGCCGGCAUUGCCAGUUUGAAAGAAUGGGUGCUGCAAUCUUGGCCGGGCGUGGAUACAUCGGUGCCACCAUGCGCACAAACCCACGGCUCUCACCAAGCGGGCAUGGCACGAUGGAACCAGUUUCGGGACCAUCACUUGCAGGAUUACGCCACACUCCGCAACACGAUCACUCAUCCACAUGCCGUCAGUCGCAUGUCGUGCUACUUGAACUACGGGGUGGUCUCCAUCUUUGAUAUUGUCCAUGAUACGUGGGAGACCAAAAAGAUAAAGGGCUGCAGCAAGGGUGCUAACAAGUUUGAAGACGAAGUCGUCAAAUGGAGAGAGGUGGGAUACUGUCAUGCCUUUGCGACACCCCACUACAAUCUGCCGGCUGCCGUACCGACCUGGGCAUCUCGAUGGUUUGCGACACAACAACAACAACAACAACAACAACAGCAACAACCUUUAGUAGUGGCAUAUUCGUUGGAGACUUUGGAAACGGGUGCAACACGAGAGGAAGAGUGGAAUGCCAUGCAGCGGUAUCUCGUGGAAACGGGAGAAUUGCACAACAAUGCACGCAUGACCUGGGGAAAGACCAUGGUGCAUUGGCAAAAACACAAUCAUGACUUGGCGCAAGUACUGCAUCAAAUGGUGUACGUCAACGAUCGAUAUGCCCUGGAUGGUCUGAGUCCACCCAGUUAUGCCGGGCUCUUGUGGUGCUUUGGCUGGUGUGACAAACCCAAAAACAAGCAAGGUGCCAUUUCCGAAAAGCCCGCGUCGCGGUACCGGGCAUCGGCGGAUGCCUUUGUCCGGGCCAAGGAAGUGUUACUGGCCGGACCACAAGCCGAAGUGAUGACACCAGCGCAAUCACCGAGGAAGCAAAGACGAUCAUCAGAGGCCUCCAAAGGCAAAAAAUCUACUAGUACGACACAUGGUGGUAGUCCUACAAAGAAGCAGAAAUCGAUUGAUUCGUACUUCAAAGCUGUUGGGUAG